AUGGCAACUUCAAUGAUUCCAUCGGGGGCUUCUUCAUCUCACCCAAGGCAAACCCCCCGUCCCAUCCCCCUCACCGCCCCGACAAUACCAGAAAGACACGCAUCACUACUCGCUCCCACAAGCCCAACUGCUCUUGAGCAUAAACGAGCCAAUUUAAUCUUCCUCCCGUCAACAAUGAUACAACUUUGCGGCACAACUUCGAGCGUACCCGAUAUUCUCAAAUUUAAACUCCAACAAUGCCGCACGGAACUGGAUUAUUUCAGAUGUUACCAGGACAGUCUCCGCCAGGCAUUGGUCGAGAAGAAGCCCUUAAGCGAAAAGGAUUAUCUGGAUGAAAUGGUCUCCGUGGAUCGUAGAUGUCGCCCACUCGUCGAAGAAUUCCGGAUCCUUUCCCGUCAGCAAAGAGCUAUGAAGCAGGACCUAGAAGAUGAACUGGCCCCGAAGCGCCGUGGGGGGAUAAAGGCUGAUAAAGAGGCAGAUGAGGCAGACGCGGACGAUGACCAGCAACUACAAGCCCUUUCGCUGCUAGAGAGAGCAUACGCGGCGGCUCUACAUUCCAAGUCUAUGUCUGACGAGAUAACAGGAAGGCAUGUGGGUCUCAGGCUGGCGAAGUUCCGUCGUGAUGUUUUGGCGUAUCACGCUGCAUCGCGGCUGGAAGGAGGGGAGUACCAGAUGUACUGUCAUGUUACGGGCUGGUGGGAGGCAGGGAGUGUGAAAGUGACGCAUCUUGUGCCGAGAGGGAUGAGAGGAGAUGAACUAGCGUAUCUCUUCGGCGAUAGUGAUAUGGCGGUAGAGGAUCGCAAGAAUGGGAUUACGCUACAUGCGAAGAUUGAAGAGGCAAUGGAUGCGGGAGCGAUCGCUAUAGUGCCAAACAUGCCGGCGGAAAACGCAGCAACCCCAAGUGAGUGGAGAUGUGUUUUGGCAAAUGAUUCGUACCGGGAUCGUAUUUUCAGUCGCGACUUGACAGGCCAUGCGUCAAGAUGGAACGAACUGGAUGGUAAGCCGCUGGCCUUCCUGACUAGCUCAAACCGACCCGCAACUCGAUUCCUCUUCUUCCGUUUCAUCAUGACUUAUCUCCAAGCCAAGAUUCAGGGGAACGUAGAGUGGGCUGAAAAGAUUGAGACGACCACUAUAUAUGACUUGUGGCCGUUGUCGGGGUCAGGAGGGUACCUGGAAAAGGAAACUCUGCGAUCCAUUACACGGAAUAUUUCCGGUUUUGAACUUCCGGCUUCUUUAUAUGAGGAGUUGACGUUCGAUGGAGAAAGCCCAGCGACGGAUCCGGACUAUGACACCGUUCUAUCGAUCCGGCUUCGUGAGGUGUUGAUUAGUGGGAUGAAAGGGUUGGGCAUUAGGAACAAUGAGAAGUUCGGGGAUGAACUCAGAUUGGUUGAUGGGGCUGGGGAGUUGGAAACAGGAACGGAGUAA